CUUACACAUGCGCAUAACAGACAACAAACGGAAUUCCCGAGUUGCGCGGUCCUCAUUUCCAUUAUUAUACGAACACGGUACGCUUUCAUUCUCAUUCGCAAUGGUGAUCCUUUAUUCGAACAGAGUGUCGUGACUUUUCAUUCGAUCUUUAUCCGAUAUUACGCGAACGAACUUCACAUUUCCGCAAUCCCUAUAAACGCGUGUGCGACCCUACAUACAGUAAACAUGGCCCAACAUUUUCCAGGUACAGCAGCAGCAGCUGACGAUAGCCAACAUCAGGAGCUGAGCAAAGAUGAAAAGUGCGAUUUGAUCCAGUCCUCGAACGUCGACAGCGGUUUUAUUUCAUCGGGAAGCCUCAUGUCUGGAGAAACGGGCUACUCCGAGGACAUUUCCAAGGAAAAACCGAAACUGUCGCAACCGAUAUUACAAAAAUCGAACCUUUAUCGUGAACAACAACAACAACAAUUCGAUUCGGGACUUUCUCACAGUAAAACCGCGGGUAGUUCGAUGCUGGUGGAUAACCGCGGUAUACCACGCAGCCUCACCCUGUCCGAGAAAUUAGGAAAAUUGUACAUUUACGACUCCGGAGUGGCCUCCAAUGACCUGAACAAGCCCAAGACAUCCCUCAAGAAACCACCUGUUGAAUCCACUUCCAGAAAUGUGCCUUUUUACGAUACACAGGACGAGGAUGGAGACACGCAACUUCAUUUGGCGAUCGCUUAUGGUCAUGUGGAGGUGGCUUUGGCGCUCAUACGUGCCGCCCCUUGUGCUGCAUGGUUGGACACAAAAAACGACCGAUCCCAGGCACCCCUACAUUUGGCCGUGGAGUUCGGACAUUAUUCGAUCGUUCGCUGGUUGAUUAUUGCUGGAGCCAAACCGUGUCCCAGAGAUGCACAGGGCGACUCGCCGCUUCACAUAGCAGCCAGACAAGGCAAAUGGGAAUGCGUUAAAGCCAUCACGGAACCGGUCAAUCCUAAACAUAGAGAAAUUAUGGAUCUCAGCUACCCUCAAUCGACUUAUAACAAACCCUGCUUGGAUCAGUGGAACUAUCUUGGUCAAACGUGCGUGCACGUGGCAGCCAAAGGUCGCCACCUGAGAAUACUAAAACACUUGGUGGAGUGCAGGGCGGACAUCAACGCCCGCGAAGGUCUCGAAGGUUUAUCGGCCCUACACUACGCCGUCCUAAACAAGGACUACGACAUGAUCAAUUACUUGAAACGACUUCCGAACGCCGACUACUACGUGCUGAGUUAUGCGGGUCUAAACGCAUUACAGUAUGCCCACUUGAGAAACGAACAAAUCACCAAGUCCCGCUACCCUAUUCUGAAAGACUUGGACUCGCCGUACAGCAGCGAUAGCGAUAGUAGUGAUUCUUCUAGCGACGAAGACAUGCCUAUGACUCCAGCGUAUAGGCUAUACGACAACCCCGGAAUGUCCGGAAUAUGCGCUUAAAAAAAAACUGUAGAUAAACUGGUAACGACAUGAGAGUACGACCAAAUUGGCCGUAGAAAUAGACAAUAUUCUGACAGAAUCGUAACCAAAUUCGCCCUGUGACGCCGUACACGGGGGUGUUUGAGCGACGAUAUAUCAUAAACCAAUACGGACGAGUCGAAACCAUCAAACAGAAAAAGGUUACAUUUAUUGCCACCGUUAUUAUUAAUGAUAAUUAGGAAAUAAUUUUUUAAAAUGUAUUAUACCUGGAUAAUAAAAGAGUAAAAUUACGUGGAGUUUAAAUAAUUAACUUAUUUUAGUGACUGUAGCAUUCCUCUAUGGAUAAUAGAAGUCUGCCGUAAUGUAAAUAAGAUUUAAGACUUUGUUUAUUUGUAGUUGGGAUCAAAAGCCCGCCCCGAUCCGUGACUUUUUUCACGUAAUAGUUUUUAAAUGGUUUGAAUGGACAGAGAACUGAUUGAUGUCAAAUAGGAAUCGAUUGCAUAAAAAAGACUAAAAAGUAAACGUAGUGUUCUUUGUUGUAUAAUGCAUGUUAGAUGAAAAAAAAAAACGUAUAUUUAUUGUUAAAAUUAAGACUUUAAUUCGUUUAUUUUUGUACAUACUUUUAAGGUCUAGUUUAGGUUGUUCUUCCUUGUACAUUAAAACAAUUUAACUCUCUA